ACAUUGAAGCCCAACCGUAUACGAGUGCGGGUAGCUACGAAAUCGAACCGGACCAACGCACCACAGGCAAGACAGGUUUGUUGGCCUAAUGACCUGACUUGGCGCGGCGUGCCGUAUCUCGAGAGUCAUAAAAACGAAACAGAUGGGUUCACUUCAUUCUGCAGCCAAAACUCAUCAAAGACAAUUAAACUUCUAUCAAACGCGGAUCUAACGGCCCGAUCGAGCGCGCGAACUUGUAGUAGCGGCAGUAAAAUAUUCCAAGGCUAACCAGUAUUUCCAUGGUACGGUUCUCCCGUCUGGAGUCGUCUACGCGCGGGCAUGCGUUCUGUGACAUCUUCUUCGCUCCAAGGGAGAUGCGUUGUUGACACAAGUGCAAAUCCUCUCCAUACCCCGGAUGGGCAUAUCGUGUCGAUAAUGUGGCCACGUUCGGUCACCUCUCUCACUCGCUCACAAACCUUAACCGAUUACAAAUCGCGAUUAGUCGUCUUGCGGAAACCUCAGCUGGAUAAGAGCCUCCCCUCGGUCGGUUGACUUGUGUGUGACCUCUUCACUUUCGCUGCAGCCGAUCGAUGUUUGUGCAGUGGUGAGAAGCGUUCGUGACUUGUCGCGGGAUGAGGAUCGUCGAACGGGCCCGGAGGAUCCCAUCGGCGCUUAUAUCAUUCGCGUACGGUGCCGUGUGUCGUGCAGCUCGUCGUCUGAGUGUGCGGCUCGUACGAAGGAAUUAAUUAAUCAAACCGCGGCAACGAAGAACGAAGAUGUUUCCUACAGUGCAGCAUCGUCGCUCUAUCGGUCAAGGAGUCAAUCGGCAUUAAAUGGGCUAUCGACUUUAGUUCAUCGCUUUGUUCGGUGUGCGAUCGUGUGCGAUGGUAAUUAAUUUGUGAUGAAACUGUGACACGAGUGUCGAGAAGUGAUGUUUAGAAACAAAUCGAAUUGAAAAUUCUGUAAACUGCGCUUCAAUAUGUACAAACUAAUGCUCAAAAAACCCCUAGCCAUAAGUCCUCGAUACUGUCACUUUCUGUUUGGAAUCCUAUGUGGUUGGAUUCUUUCGAGAGUGAUACACGAUUGGUCAACGAUGGAGAGCUCAUAUCGACUCACCAACCAUCAGGCUCCCGUUAUGAACAUCACAGAAAGGGUUCGUGUGCUAUGCUGGGUAAUGACCACACCUGCAAACCAUCAGAAUAAAGCCAUCCACGUUAAAGCGACCUGGGGCACACGAUGCAAUAAACUUCUGAUCAUGAGUUCCGUGGCUGAUCCCACUAUCGAUAGCAUUGCGCUGCCCGUUGGAGAAGGCAGGGAGAGCCUCUGGAAUAAGACACGCGAGGCAUUCCGAUAUAUUUACGCUCAUCAUCUGGAGGAGUACGAUUGGUUCUUAAAGGCAGAUGACGACACGUACGUUGUGGUGGAGAACCUGCGCUACUUUCUUUACCCAUAUUCACCGGAGUUGCCGAUCUAUUUCGGAAGUAAGUUCCGCUAUCCGGAAUAUGUGAAGCAAGGCUAUUUCUCUGGCGGCGCUGGGUACGUCCUUAGCCGGGAAGCACUGAGACGUUUUUACGAGCAAGCACUGCAGGAUGAGGAAAACUGCUCAUCUGAUUACGACACGGAGGAUCUUGAAAUGGGAAAGUGUAUGGAGAGCGUGAACGUUACGGCAGGCGAUUCGCGGGACCAUUUGGGCAGAAAGCGAUUCCUUCCCAUGGAUCCCAUCUACCAUCUGGCCGAGCCAGAUGAUCCUAGCUUUUGGUACAACGAAUACUCGUACUAUAAACCUUACUACGGUAAGAAUUGCUGCUCGGAUCUAGCCAUCAGCUUUCACUACAUACCCGGGAGCCAUAUGCACAUGAUGGACUACCUGAUCUACGAUCUGCAUGCGUGGGGAUCGACCUAUCAGUAUCCACCGUUGGCCAAAGCGAAAACACUAGACGAAAUAAGAGCCGUUGCGGGUCCAUACCCCAUAAGCACUUUACGGCCGAGAACGGAAACGACUACGAAUACAUUUAGCAUGGAAUCGAUGGACCAAGCAACCUCAUCUAUCGAAUCAUCAUCGUAGCGUGUUACAAUUUGGUUGUUCUAAGCUAGUCAUUUUCAAAGAUUGACAGAAAAUUUCUGAAAUAUCUCCUAUUUCUUUUUCAAUAAGUGUUUUGUGUAAAUAAAAACGAAAUUUAACGAAAA